GACACUUACUAGAACCUGGCCUACCACAGCUCAUAUACGAUCCACUCUUGUACAGAACAUGGAUGGACAGGGACAUCUUUUGUCGCUGAAAGUGAUGCGAGUAUCUAGACCAUCGCUAGCUAGUGCAUGGCAGCCCUUCUAUUCUAGCUCCCCUUCAUUCUCUGCCCACUCUACUGCGUCAAUUCUCUCUCUGCAAGGAAAAACACCUCUCCCAGGUCACCCCAAGACCCUACGGGAUCUCACUCAGGCAUCUGAGUUCCUCACACUGCCCGCCUCAUUUGGAGCCAUUCAGCUAGGCGAAACAUUCUCCAGUUGCAUAUGCAUCAACAAUGAGACCAACGUCGACAUCGAGGGUGUUAGCGUCCGCGUUGAGAUCCAGACAGCAAACUCCAAGAUACUGGUGGCUGAACUGGGUGGCCCGGGCUUCAAGCUCGCAGUAGGAGAUUUACUGGAAUAUGUAGCCCAUCACGAGGUGAAGGAGUUAGGCCACCAUGUUCUAGCUUGUAUCGUCUCGUAUCACCUUCCUCCGUCAUACCGAUACGCCCCUGGUGAUAGUAAUCCCUCCCAUGAAGCAACCUUCCGCAAGUUUUACAAGUUUGCUGUCACGAAUCCUCUAUCUGUAAAGACCAAGGUACACACGCCUCGAUCUCCGUCGGCAUUGAUGACUUCGUUAGAGCGCGAGAAAGUGUUUCUCGAGGUCCACAUUCAGAACAUGACACAAGACGCGAUGUGGGUUGAGCGCAUGGAAUUUGAAUGCGCGGAGGGAUGGAGCGUUGCUGACGCCAACACGAUACCCAGUGCGGAUGAUGAUAUAGAUCAGAAAUUGUUCUCUGGUUCGAUGGCUCUCAUGCAACCACAAGCCAUCCGACAGUACAUCUAUAUCCUAACGCCAACAACUUCUUCCUCAUUUCCUGUCGUUCAUCCAGCAGGCAGUGUCAUCCCUCUCGGUAGACUUGACAUCUCAUGGCGUUCUCAGUUCGGCGAGCCUGGUCGUUUAUUAACUUCGAUGCUGUCCCGUCGAUUUCCUGGCCCUCCUCCAGCUCCAAACCCAAACCCAGCUUCAGCACCCCCACUCCAGCACCCUGUCUCAGCGCUUCCACCUUAUCUUCAGCGCACCGUGCCAAGUGCGCCAUCCUCGCCCGCCCGACCGCGAUCUCCACAACUCCCCCCUUCUCGGCCUAGUUCCCCAACCCCAGCUCCGUACAGACCAGGCUCACCAUUUCGCACACGCCCAAUGUCUGGCCCUUCACGUCCGCAGUCACCCGCAGCCGGAUCCAUAUCCAACGUGUCUGUCGCACCAAAUCAACAACUACCAGCAUCACUGGUGCCUGCUCAGGUGUCGGCCGUCGAGGUUGAUGUUAUCAUAAAUCACAUUCCCAGGGACUCUGUCGCCAUUGAGCAGCCGUUCAAGAUCGCUUUCACUGCUACCGUUUCUGCCGCUCUACCAAAGGCCGAGGGGAAACAAAGGAUCAUCUUUCUUGCUGUACAGCAUCUUCAAUAUCCACUUUCUACAGCGAUUACAUACCCUGAACCAUUUCAGGCCACCGAGACCAUUAGCUCACGGUUCUCUUCCCUCGGCCUCACUUCUGCAACGUCAACGCUUGUCACCCCCGUGCAAAGUUCCCCCAACAUGUCAAGCGAUAAUCCCUUGGUUGUCUCGCCAGAGAAGAUGCUCGCACGUGGUAGACUACCUACUCUGCCUUCCCCUUACUUCGAGUUCGCUGACGAGGAGAAACGCACAAAGCUGAAGGGCUGCGUAUUUGUUGGGUCCUCCACGCAGGUCCUGUCCCCGAUUACGCUCACCAUUCCAAGUCACGACAGUGAUCAUGAGGACCCAUCGGAUGAUCAUGUAAAGAAGGUAGAGGGUAGUCAAGAGUUUGAGCUUACCUUCCUGCCUGUGCAGACUGGAUUUGUGCGAGCGGGCGGCCUGCGCAUCCUACUGAUCAGGGAUGAGCUCAUAGAUGUUGGUGCAGAUCAGGCUAUUUAUCGCUUAGGGUCCGGCACAAUGGAAGCAAGGACAAUGAAAGAGUUAGAUGUAGUCGCUGAACUUUGGGUUCAUUCAUGAUUUAUUCAUUGUUGCAGAGUCGUGGAUUCCCAUGUGAAACGCGCUACAACGAUAGAACCUGAUAGAACUCUUUCUAUUUGAAUUAUGCUCUUUGUUCUGCGCUGGGAAGUUGAUUGUACGGACAAAAAAUGUUGCAGGACAAAACAAAAAGCAAUGCAUUAAGAGGG